GGUACUGGGAGAUGGUUCAGAGACUGAAGAUUAACCAGUUUUACGGAGCUCCCACAGCUAUCCGCCUGCUGCUCAAAUAUGGAGACCAGUGGGUGCACAAAUACGACCGCUCCACCCUCAAAACUCUGGGCUCUGUGGGCGAGCCCAUCAACACUGAAGCGUGGGAGUGGUACCACAGUGUGGUCGGGGACAGACGCUGUCCUGUGGUGGACACCUGGUGGCAAACAGAGACAGGUGGCAUCUGCAUCGCCCCGAGGCCGUCGGACCCAGACGCAGAGAUUGUCCCAGGAAUGGCUAUGAGACCUUUCUUUGGCAUAAAGCCAGUGCUCAUGGACACUGAGGGAAAAGUUGUGACUUCCAACAACACGUCUGGAGCUCUGUGCAUAGCUCAGCCUUGGCCCGGUAUGGCCCGAACAAUUCACAACAACCACCAGAGAUUCACUGAGACCUACUGUCAGCCUUAUCCUGGUUAUUUUUAUACCGGUGAUGGCGCCUAUCGAUCUAAGGAGGGAUAUUACCAGGUCACCGGGCGCCUUGAUGAUGUCAUCAAUGUGAGCGGUCACAGGAUUGGGACAGCAGAGAUAGAGGAUGUUGUGAAUCAAUGUUCUGCAGUGGCCGAAUCUGCCGUCAUAGGAUACUCGCACAACAUCAAAGGACAAGGCGUUUAUGCCUUUGUGGUUCUAAAGAAGAGCGCAGACGCCCAAGAGUCGGACCUGUCCAGGCAACUGAAACAGACAGUGUCUAAAAAGAUCGCCAAGUACGCCUGUCCAGACUGCAUCCAGAUCUGCCAGCGUCUGCCAAAGACACGCUCGGGUAAGAUAAUGCGACGGGUGCUGCGGAAGGUGGUGGAGCGCGACCUGAAUGGUCUGGGUGACCUCAGCACGCUGGAUGACCCUGCAGUGGUUCAGGAAAUCAUUGACGGUCACGCUGAGCUCUUAGGUAAACAACAGUCACAAUGAUUCUUACUUGAAGAGGAAGAUGAAGUUUCAAAAAGUCUUUUUAAAGGCCAAAUAUUUUUUUCUUUUUUAUUGCACAGAUGAAUAUUUGUAUUAAAUCAAGUAAAACACUUUAAACUGAAUGCAUUGUCCACAAAUGUACUUUACAAAACAUUGUCUUUUAGUGCGAAACUGAAUAAUAGUGUGUGUAAACAUAAAAUAAACCACUGAAAU